CAGAGGUUCUGGUUUCUGUCCAGCAGGCUCGGUGCCACUCCCCGUCUUCCUCCAGCGGGACUCCCCCAUGUCCUGGGACUUCUGGGCCUCUCUCCCGGCUGCCGAGAGCCCGGGUUCGUGGGGGAACAGCUUGCUGUGGGACGGAAGCUCUCUGGUCUUCGCCAGUUCUUCGCAGGCGCAGCCGGGGAUACCAGAGGGAGUUGGUGCCCUCUCCCCACAGCCACUUCUGAAUCUCUCCGAGUUUCCUUUGGCCGACAUCUGGGACAGCCUGUCUUUGGAUGCCUCUGUCAAUGCCGCCCUUGAUUUCCAUACCCCCCUGGGGACAGCUGCCGGCUUGGAGCCCGGUGCGCCAUGGCUAAUGUCGGGAAUGAAUCCAGAGCUCGUGGACCUCCUCUGCAGCACCCUGGGCUCCUACCCCGACGGCCUGCCUGUGGUCAGCCUGAGGAAAGCCAUGUGGCAGCAGCACGGGGUGAACCUGGAGCAGUACAGCCAGCAACGGGGAUUUCUGAACACCCUGGACUAUCUGACCACGCUGGAUGAGGUCAGACUGCAGGGGCUGGAGAGAGGGGACAGUUGUCUUGUCAAGCUUCACACAGCAGGAUCUGCGCCCAGGCCGCCACCUCUGGAUCCCGCUGGGUUUCCUUCAUCCGAGCUCUGGCUCGGCCCCCCCACCAGCGCCACCCCCACUACAGCUCUACCGCCCAUGGCUGCUGCCUGCCUGGAUCCCACCAGCGUGCCACCGGCAUCAACCACAAAGCCAGACUUGAGUGAAAUCCAGGCCCAUGUCUCUCGCACCCUGAGCCGCCAUCCCAAGGGCAUGAGGGUGAAGCAGCUGGUGAAGGCCCUGCUGAAGGAGCACGGGGUGGACCUGCUGGAGAUCAGCCAGGACAGGGGAUACUGGGGGGUUGUGUUGUUCCUCCAGGGGGUGCCGGGCAUCGAGCUCUGGAACCCGGAGAAGGGAGAGAAGUGCCGCGCCGUGAGCAGUGUCUUUAAGAAGGAUGUCGCGGACCCCCUUCCACUACUCCAGAACACCCUGGGCUCCUACCCCCAUGGCCUGCGGGUCUUGAGGCUGAAGAAGGUCAUGUGGCAGCAGCACGGGGUGAACCUGGAGGAGUUCAGCCAGCGGCAGGGAUAUCUGAACACCCUGGACUAUCUGACCAGCCUGCGUGGGAUCGUGCUGCAGGGGCUGGAAAGAAAGGAAAAGUGUCUUGUCAAGCUUCACACAGGUGAGGAGAGAGGGAUGGAAUCCAGGCGUCAGGGCUGACCUGGUCUUCUCCAGGUUAUCCCACCGCUGACACCAAUGGUCGUCCUGCACCUUCCUCUGAGAUCUAAUAGACUUUCUAGCCCUUUGGGCUCCCUCCCCACUGUGAAAUUUCACCUGCAAUGGACCCUGCUACUGCCGUCACGCACCACCUUUCCUCCCCAAGAAUAGAGGCCCUGGUACAUUGUGGGAGAUGUAGUCUGACCAGAGAGCCUGGGCUGUAGAGGAGAAUAGGAGACCUGCAGCUUCUG